GUUCUGUAAAGCAUUCUAGAAUCCUCUAUGCUCUCGGUCCGUGAAUGAAGUUGUUUAGAACGGAAUCUCCGAAGAAGGCGACGAGGGCAGUGGCGCGAGCACCGUGUUGGAACGCGGCCCACGUGCUGUUGCUAGGAGGCGCUGUUGGAGCCCGGAAGAGCUGAACGGCGGUGGUGAUGGGCAACCCGAGAUUGAGAGGAGGAGAAGCAUUAGGUUCAUUUUUAUAGCCGCACUUCGUUGUUUCCCUCUCGCCGUCGGAGAAAGGAGAGGAAGAUAUCACUUUUUCUCCAUUUUGAAGCUGGGCGACGAGGCUACAUGGUGUCUGUCUCCCAUCCGGAGUGUGGAUGUGUGGGUGUCCAGACAUGGAAAGCUACGAGGAGUUUUGUCUGCGGAGUUUGGCCAUACUGCAGGAGGAAGGGAAAUUCAAGAGGACGACCUGCGAGCCACUGUUGUCCCUGAAGGCUCGCUCUGGCAUCCGCUUCCAUGGAAGAGCUGUGCUUUCGCCUCUGCUGAGUGCAGAACAGCGAAGCGAGAUGUGUGACCUCAAACGGAGGGCGGUCCAGCUGGAGGUGGACAGGCAGAACCGGCAGAGGAACAACCUUUUGGCCCGGGUUCAGGACAUACUGGACCAGGCUCAGACACAAAAAGUACCAAGUGAAGAGGUUGAACAGCUGCCAGUUACUAAACCUGCCACAGUCAGUGGCUACACCCUGGUCACUGACUCUCCUGGACUUCCCAGAGACCCUGGAUUCGGGCUUCAGACAGAUGAUCAGCCUGCUACUGCAUGCUCUGAGACCCCCACCCUCAAUGGCUACAAGGCAGCGGAGGAAGUGAUGCUGGAGAGGGAGGAGAAGAGUGAGGAGGACGAGGAGGAAGAGGAGGACAUGAGUUUGGACAGUCUUCUUAAGAGAUCAAGGGAGUAUGUGAAGAGAGAGCAGAGUCAGCAGGGAUCUAAAGUUGUCCACGCAGUCACCAGGACUCCCCCGCCUGAGACGCCCUCCGACAAGGAGAACAAGAGCUGCAGUCCCAAGGGGGACACAGGCGUUGAGUUUGGAUUCAGUUUGCACCACAGCCCUAUUGGCCCACCUCAGACCCAAAUCCAGCAUCAAACUCUGUAUGAGCCCACUCCUCAGCAGUCUGGCCGCCUCUCACCUGCUCUACCUGACCGGUAUGCUCGUCUCCCCAGUCCAGAGUCCAGCAUUAGUCCCCGUCCACAGAGACGCAGACCUCGCCCAGUUUCUACAGGGAACAUUCACAUUUCGUUUCCCAUCGGCCCAGCAGACCUUAUCCCCCGAAGCCCAGGAAGGUCAGGGGAAGGUGCUGGAAUGGCAGACUGGGGAGAAGCUCUCUCAGGGGCCACAAAGUCCUCCGAUCCCUGGGGCUCAGCGGGGAGUGAAGGUGGAGCAGGUGUUAGAAACAGUGGCAGUCGUCGAUCCAGCCACUGUGGUACCAGUCCAGUCCAGGAGACCUGUAGCCCUGUUAGUGCCUCAAGGCCCAGCCUGAAGGGACACCAGGAACAUUUGGCUGCCGGAUUUCGGCGGCGCUGCCACACCCUGGACAGCCAGCUGCAUAGCUACCACUCUGGAGCUGAACACAUAGACCGCAGCCAGGAAAGGGUUCCUCGCUUCAUGGCCGGGGUCACAUGGAUGGCUCCAAGCUGGCGCACUCCUGCAGCCACCUUAAACCAGUCGUAUGAGGUUGAUAAUCCUUCACCAUCCCAGCUCAUAUUCAGGCUGGAGCCUGAUGACCCUCAGGGGAUAAAUGACGGAAGGAUCACACCAACCGUCCUCAGAAAUACAGCCGAGGCACAGAGCAGCAAGACAGAGGAGACCCAGAGGCGAGCACAGGCUCUGGAGGACAUGCAGAGGCGUCUGGAGGAGGAGCAUGCCUUGCAGAUGUCGCUGCUCCUGGCCGAGCAGGAGAAAGAGCAACAGCGCCUCCGUCUGGAGCUCGAGGAGACAGAGAGAAGACUAAACGAGCAGGGCUGUGUGCGGCCGUUGAGCGGGGAUGCUUGUGGGUGGACUUGUGACAGCUGUCUCGUUGUGAGCCCCUCCUGCCCAGGACUUAGCCCUGCCCACACCCCAUCGGAUAGAUCACCUGGACACAGUAUAGGUUUUCCCAGUCCUGUAAGUUCCAGUGUGUCCUCUCCCUCUGUCCAGACUCCCGUCUAUCUGUGGGGGACGACACGUGUGCUUGGCAAACCUCGAGCGAGGCUAAGUCAGGUUCUGACAGCAGAGCAGCAGAGAGCGUUCUGUCGAAUUGGCGCCAUCAUUCGUGGCUUCCUCACACGCAGACUGCUCAAAACAGAGAAGGUCAAACACCUGCGGCAGACCAUUGGGGACACACAGGAGUUCAUCCGGUCAUUCCAGACUGAAGCUCCACAGAGGAGGGGCACCUACUCAGCACAAGAUCGCUCCCUACAGGAGAGAGUUAGAGCCCAGUUGCGCGCAGCCCUUUAUGACAUCUAUGACAUCUUCUUUGAAAUGCCUUUGGGGGACCGCUUAGCAUUGCUGCAGCAGGACAGGGAGCUCCGAGCAGAGAGGAAGCUACGAGACAUGGAGAAAGCCAAGUGUCCCAAGGAGAGAGUGGUUCUCUCUGCUGCCACACAGAGGUCUCUGGACAGGAAAAAGAGGGUUGGCGAAUCCCCAGCACAGGCUAGGAAGAUGCAGCAGAAGCCAAAGAGCCCCACUACCAGCAGAGUCCUGAAGCCAAGCCAAGGCCAAAAUUCUCCUGUCUCAGGCCAGCUGAACCGCCAGGGGAGCUGGUACAGAAGAACCCCAGAGGAGAGAGUGAGGCGCUCAGACAGCCUGAAGAAGCAACACUCUUUGGGUUAACAUGUGACUCAACAUCCUCUGAUGUGUGAACUUGAAUUUUUAGACUUUUAAUACAAACCUUACACCACUGAAACUCCAGUGAGUUGCUGCUAAUAAUAGAAUUGUCUUUAAUAAUGAUUGUAUUCACUACCACACUUAAGCUAUUUGAUAUACACCAUCACAAGACCACUGUUCUUUGACUGUUGUAGCUUGCUAAAAUAAGUUUUUAGUAGCAACUUCUGAGUGUUACACACAAAACUCACAUGUAGCUUGAUGUGGAGUAUUUAAUGAAUAGGUAGGUACAAUUCAAUUUUAAAGUAUCUGUACUGCAAACUAGAAGGUCAGAGAUAAGGGAAAUACGUUUU